AUUGAUGAAACAGCUGUGGCGUUUUAAACCACUCUACUAACACAGUUCAAUUUUUUUUUGAUAGGGAUUUUUUUUAGUUAGACAGGAGUUACUUAUAUUUUAGUUGAAGUGGAUAAAAAAACAUUUAUUUAGCUUUAAAGGGGAGGUGCAAACGACGAGACAUUUUUCUUCCUUUGGUUGCUUUUUUUUAUUCAAAUAAUUUCCAUCCAUCAUCGACCACUGUAUCCCCAAAAGUGCUGAGUCGAUUUCUUUUUUUUUUGCUUCUCUCUUGACGCAGCACUAACAACAGAGAGGGUAUAUACCGCAUAGACAUUCUCUCGUGAUAAGUGCAAAGGAAUAAAAAAGAAAAUCAAAUAAAAUAAAAAGAAAAAGAGAGAUUCUGUGAUUUUCUCUGUGAGAGAGGAAAUAUUUAAUUCCUCAAAGUGCGCGUGUGUGUGUGUGUUGUGGUCCUUUUGUGGAAAGGAUACGACGAAACAUCACAUUUAUCACUUAAAGACUUGAGGAGAGAAGGAAGAGGGAUCAUCCCAAAGGGACACGUGAGAAAAUGUCGCAAAUUGGGAGGACAACGAAGAAUCUCGACGGCACGAGAGCACUGAAGGGGUCAGUGCCUCGUCAGCCGGUGCAUACGCAGCAAAUGUACGAGAUACAGACUGUUGAUCAGCUAAUUGAGUUGAUUGAAAUUGUGGCAGCAUCGCUGGCGUCGGCAUCCGUUGAUUCGGGCAAAAUGAAUACACUCCUUUCGAAUUUACGCAUCUACGGGCCACAGUUGGAGGCACUUUCAAAGGAUGUCCUCGAUAAGGCAUUUGUUACCUUUCGCAAUGCAUCCCAGGAUGAGAGACUCAACAUCAUGACCCGUCUCAAUUUACUCGAACUCAUUGAAUUGCGCGCCAAAUCAUGGCAAAUAUCCGAUGAGGUUAACACAUACUACAAGCAUAAGGCGACUAAUGUUGAGCCCGCUUUUAUACCAUCUGCAUCUGAUUUGACGUUGUUGAGCACCUCCCCCACGGAAUUGAUGGGACAAACGCAACCAGCAAUUCUCGCACCGGGUGAACUCUUGAGGAAUUCUGGGAAAUUCACGAAACCCACAAAGAUCCCCGGGAAGAACUAUUCAAAGGAUGAGGUUGUCAUUCGCAAUGCUGACUCCGGAAAAGUGAAUCCUGGAGCCAAAGAGCGUCUAGUUCAGAUUACUGGACCAAAUGAGGAGAAGAUCAACUAUGCUAAGCAAUUGAUUGAGGAUACAAUAAGGCGAAAUGCAAGUCCAGUUCGCCUGGAGACAGCUCAAGGUGGUGGCUCGUGCAGUUCACUCGCAUCAUCGGCAUCGGAUGAAACGCAAAAUUCACUGCGUGCUGCCCGGAAUAGUAUUGGUGCUGCUGCAAUUGCCGUCAUGGCGGCAAAUCAGCUGAAUAAUAAUCCUUUCCUUCCGGGACAAGGGGUUGUGGCAGCAGCAACACAGAGUGGCAUACAGUCUCAGGUGCCUUCAGGUGUGUCAGGGGGGAAAUUGGCACGUGGUAGUGGUGUACCUACCAGUGGGCAACUUCUCCUGCACAGCUACUCAACAAAUGAUGCCUCACUUGGUGAAUAUAAAUUCACCGUGAACGUUGGUCCGCAUAGCAUCAAGAUAACAGGGGAUCGUUGUGAUUUAGUCAGGGCUGCCAAACUCGUGCUGGAUGACUAUUUUAGCAGCACAGAGUUCUUGGCAUCCAUUGAUGCAGGCAUGGGUGGUUCAUUUGAUGCCACAAUUCCAUCAUACACCUCCCACCAAGGUGGAUCUGUGUCAUCGACACCACUCAAUCCCUAUGCCCCACCUGUUGUACCCAUGUCCCAUCAACUUGGUGGGCAAACAUCACCAUUUGCCGAUAGUGGCAUUGGGUUGAAUUUACUGGCGCAAAGUGCAUCCGGAUCACCGGGAAAUGGCUUAAGUAUCGAUGCAGAUGAUGAUGUUUUCACAGCUGAAACAUGUAAUACAUCAACAGAAAGCUCAUCUUCCAAUGCAUCGAGCAAUAAUAGCAUUGUAACGUCAACACCGUCAAAUGGCUUAACACGAUCGCGUCGGAGUCACUUUUCCCGGCAGGAGAGUACCCCGGAGGCACUGACAAAGGACACAACGUCGGAGAAUCAAGUGCGAAUUGUUCAUGAGUACGAGGAUCUUAUUUCCUUUGCAAAAUCACCCCUUGCGUGGGCAUUGCCAAAGGAUUGGACGAAAAUUUGCGAGAAGUAUCCAACAUUGGUGCGCAAUAAGGUACUGCAUCGCUUUCACAGUCUCAAUAUCAACAAUAAUCACAUUAACAAUGCAAAUGAUGAUGAUUCACAUAUUGCUGAGGGUGCCCGUAAAGCCCUACUGGCGCGCCAGGCAUCCCUCAAUUGUGAUCGCUUUGACAUAUCAUCCAGUCAAUCUGCUAGCUCUAGAGUUGCAUCCGUUGCACCUUCAUCCGUUAACAAUCGCCUCAAUGUUGCUCAUAUUGCAUCAACUGCUGCUGGUUGUGACUAAAAAACAAAAACGAAUGAAGAACGAAACUAAAAAAAAAACGAUUUGGAAAAAUCAUUUGAGGAUAAAAUGAAUUUAAUAUCCUCUGCAAUGAUUUUUAGAGAAAAAAAAAAGAAAUUUUGAAUUAUUCAUGAGAUAUUUUGAAAAUAUCUCAAAAAAAAACUUUUUCCUUCCCUCAAUUUAUUAUUUUUUUAAUUAUAAAAAUAUUUUGUACCUGUGUGUGCGUUAAAAUAUGCAUAAAGGCUAAAAAAAAAAGAAACAUAACCAGUGUGUUAAAAAUGACGGAAAUAGUUCCAUCAUUAGAAAAAAAGGAAGUAUUAAGUUAUCUAAGUCUUCUUAAAAAUAAGUAUUUUUCAUGGUAUAAUUCUUUGUGGCUCAUUUUCUAAAAAAAAAUAAAUUAGAAACCCAUUUAAAGGAUUAACAAUGAUUUCGAAAAAAUAUGCCAAAUAUUUUAUAUGAAAAAAAAAAAGAAAAUAUAUAUAAACACAAAACAAUCAUAAAUAUUAAUAUAUUAUUAAAGAAAAAAAAAACAUUUAUAGAUAAAAUUUAAUAUAAUUUCAAAGAUGAGAUUUUUUUUUAAAAACAAUGUUGGAUUGAGAAUCUUUUAUUGAGUUUUUGUUUAUUUAUAAGAUUUAUUAUUCUUUCAAACAAGUUGAAUUAUGUAAAUUAUUAAUAUUAUUUCCUUCUAAAUCGUUUCAAAGUUGUGUUCUCAUGCUCCCUAAAAGCAAUGUCCUUUAAAAAUUGAAUUUUAACGACAUUUAAGUUAUUCAAGAUGAUCAUGAGAACUACAAUGAUUUAUCCUAAUCAUUCAUUAAAAAAUCUUUAGCUUAUAAAUCAUUCUUAUUUCCAAUUAUUCUUUUAUUCCUUUAAAAAAAAAUUAUUAUUCUUCUUCUCAAAUUAUGAAUCCCAAAUUAAGAAAACAAAAAAAACUGUGAAGCUUAAUAAAUUAAAUUGUGGAUAAAACAAAA